UUUCUUUCCUUUCUUUCUUUCUUUCUUUCUUUCUUUCUUUCUUUAUACAAAAUAUUACAAACAUAUGACCAUCAUCCUUUCAGAUUUACCUUAUGAACUUCUUUUCAAAGUAGCCCAGCACCUGACAUUUUCUGACUUGUGGUAUUUUGGCACCUGUUCUAAAUCAUUACGACGAUUAGCCUGGGAAUUGAUUCUCACCAAGUAUCAAAUCAAUCUUAUUCGACCUAAAGUGAUCAAUCCAUUUGCUCAACUUGUUCAUGCUGCUGUUGCUUAUCUGGAACGUUACGGUCAUCUUACCACUACCAUUCAAUCUGUUGCUAAUCACCUUACUGUCGCCAUCAAUGACCGUACUCCUCAUCAAGACGACAAUGACGAUAUUCAUGGCAUGGCGGCCACGUUGGAUUUUUUACUAGACCAUUGUCUUGCCAUUCUUAUUGAUUCUAUCUUUUUAGAUUUACCUUCUACUUGUUCUGAUCACCAAUGGAAUCAACUCAGUCCUCCUUUUUAUGAUCAACAAUAUUAUACCAAUCCAUCCACCUCUUCUUCUUCUUCUUUAGCUUCUUCAAAUACGUCAUCCACUACCACCACCAUGAACAACAAUGUAACACCCAUGAACUCUUCUUAUGAUACUUCAACAACAUGUGCAGCUCUACGUAUGGCGGAUUUCUUAUCUAUCCUGGAUAGUAUUCUGAAUGUCUUGUUUGUGGCUCCACCUCAUCGUCGUUUGCUCAUGUCUCAUCUUCAUCGUGUACUUGUCCAGUUAACUAAACAAUAUCGAAAAAAGGAUCAAUCUGAAACGGCAAAGAUGGGUCUCCGUGUCUGUAUCUUAUUUAUCUGUCGUCUGGUGCAACAUGGAUUACUCUCAGUCUCGGAUGUCAAUGCUUUUGCGCGGCAACUACCUGAAUUCUUUAUUACACAACCAAGUGAUGUACAAUUUGGACGAUUAGGCGAUCUUUAUGACCAGAAUGAUGAUGAUGAUGAUGAUGAAGGUACAAUUUAUACCAUUGGUGGGAACAUUGUCAUGCGUAUGGAACAUCCUCGUUGGCAAUUAUGGUUUCAAGAAACAGAACUACGAAUGAUGAUCUUAUUGGAUUUAGUACGUGUGGUGGUUGGACAACUUCAUGAUCAACGUCAAGAUAGACACUUGGAUCGAUUGGAUCUUCAUCAUUUGACCUCCAUGUUACAAGAUACCUUUGCCGCCUUUAGUGCUUUUAAACCUUCCUGAUGAGCCACUUUUUAUUUAACUUCCUGAUUUGUUUUUUUUUUCUUAUUAUUCUACUGAUUUUUACACCAGGUAGAUUUCCUCUCCUUUUUUUUUUUUUUUUUUUUUU